UCGGUGCCUUGCAAGUUUGGACUUCUGCGAAGCACGCGACCAUUGGUAUUUUAAGGGAUCUAUACAGUUACAUUUACCGUAUGAAAUGGAUGUGUUUGCGUCAGUUCUGCUUGUUCUACUCAUUACAAAACCAGUUGUAGGAUUUGGGAUAGACCCCGGUUUACAAAUUGAUAUCAUCAAUGAACUGGACUUGGCAAAUGAAACUUCUGGAAUUACCCAAGUGGCAGGGCUCCACAACAACAGCAAAGCUUUCCUGUUCCAAGAUGUACAGAGAGCUGUUCACGCUCCAGCUCAGAUGACGGACAAGGUGGUUCAGCUCUUCAAGAACAAAAGCGAAUUCACCUUCCUGGUCUCUGUCCAACAGAGGGUGGCAACAUCGGGGGUCAUUCUGUCCAUCCACGAGUCUGAGCACAGUUACUUUGAGCUGGAGAGCAACGGGCUGAGGGAGGAGAUCCAGUACCACUACCGCCACAGGGGGAAGCCCCGCUCCGAGUCCUUCCCCUACCGUCUGGCGGAUGGGCAGUGGCACAAGAUCGCCCUGUCAAUCAGCGCCUCCCAUCUGCUGCUGCACGUGGACUGCAGCAGGAUCUAUGAACGUGUGAUCGACCCCCCACAGACAGACCUGACCCCCGGCAGCGGAGUGUGGCUGGGCCAGCACAGCCAUAAACACGGCCUGUUCAAGGGGACUAUCCAGGAUGUGAAAUUAAUUUUUGCUCCGAACGGAUACAUUACACAAUGCCCCAACUUGAACCGUACCUGUCCAACCUGCAGUGACUUCCUGAGCCUGGUGCAAGGCAUUAUGGAUCUGCAGGAACUUCUGGCUAAAAUGACCAUAAAGCUGAACUACGCAGAGAUGCGGCUGAGCCAGCGGGAGGGCUGCCACUGUGAGAAGACCUGCAGGGCCAACGGCCGGGAGUACAGGACCAACGACAUGUGGGUGGAGCCAGAGAACUGCCGGAACUGCGCCUGUAAGAACGGGGUGGUGGAGUGCCGGAGAAUAUUCUGCCCCCCGACAAACUGCUCAGCGGACUCGCUCCCUGUGCGUGUGGAGGGGAAGUGCUGCAGGAAGUGCAGGCCUAAAUGUACCUACAAGGGCAAAAUCUACGCAGAGAGGCAACGGAUUUCAAUAGAGAGCUGUCGAGAAUGCAAGAAUGGAAUGAUGGUGAAGGUAACAGAGAAGUGUCCAGCGCUCAACUGCACAGUGAAUGAACAGGUCCUCCCAGAAAACAGAUGCUGCAACGUCUGCAACGGCUAUGACUUCUGUGCAGAGGGAAUCUAUUGCGGGGAAAACUCUGUUUGCAAAAACCUGGACACCAAAGCAGUCUGCGAGUGCAAGAGCGGCUUCGCCUCGGUCCAUGGGGACUCCACCUACUGCGAAGAUAUUGAUGAGUGCACGACCCAGAUGCACGACUGCCAUGACAACAGUGUGUGUGUGAACCUGCCUGGGAGCCAUCGCUGUGACUGCCUGCCAGGGUUCACCAGAGUGGAUGACUACUCCUGCACAGAACAGGACGAGUGUGCCAGCGGGAAGCACUCCUGUGACGAUACGGCCAUCUGCACCAACACCAUCCGAGGCCACCUGUGCACCUGCAAACCGGGCUACGUGGGUAACGGCACGGUCUGCAGAGCUUUCUGUGAGGAGGGCUGUCACAGCGGUGGUACGUGCGUCUCACCCAACACCUGCCUGUGUCCCUCCGGCGUUACUGGGCACCAUUGUGAGAAAGAUAUCGAUGAGUGUGCAGAAGGCCUCAUCCAGUGCCAUAAUCACUCACGCUGCGUCAACCUCCCCGGAUGGUACCACUGCGAGUGCCGGAGUGGUUUCCAUGAUGAUGGAUCCUACUCGCUCGACGGGGGGUCCUGUGUCGACAUUGACGAGUGUGCCACGCAGACACACACGUGCCUGAGUGACGCGGCGUGUGUGAACCUGCCAGGCUGGUUUGACUGCCUGUGUCCUGAGGGCCCUGCGUGUAGUGGGGACUGUCCCCACCAGGACAGCAUCAAGCACAACGGCCAGGUGUGGAGCCUGCAGCAGGACCACUGCUCCAUCUGCACCUGCAAGGACGGAAAGACCUUCUGCAGUCGGACCUUGUGCGACUGUCAGAGCCCCAGCGUAGACCUGUCCUGCUGCUCCGAGUGCCACUCCCAGCAGAGUAGCCAAUGCCUGCAUCAGAGCGGACACGCGCUCUACCAGAGCGGAGACACCUGGAUCUACAGCUGCCAGCAGUGCCGCUGCAUGGAGGGGGAGGUGGACUGCUGGCCUCUGGCCUGCCCCGCCCAGUCCUGUGAAUACACUACCAGGGGAGAUGGGGAGUGCUGUCCCCGGUGUGUCACAGAUCCCUGCCUGGCUGACAACAUCACCUACGACAUCCGGCAGACAUGCCAGGACCUGUCCGGCAUGCGGCGACUCAGUGGCUCCGUGUGGACCCUGCCUGGGUCGCCCUGCACCGUGUGCACCUGCAAGGCAAGGGAACCGCACAUGCCUAGCCCCACACAGCCAGACACAUGA